AUGUUCCAUAAACCAUCGAAUCCUUUGCACUCUCCUUCCACCUCGACCGAUUCAACAACACUAUCACCCUCCUCAUCACCUUCUUCUUCGUCAGCCAUUCCUUCUCCCUCCUCUUCCAUGACUCUUCGUUUCUCAUCGGAUCGUAGGUCUUCCACAUUUUCAAACAGCCCGUUCUCCACCUCGUCACCAAAAACUCAUCAUCCACUCAUUCCUCCCAUGUUUCGAGAGAUCACUUCAAUUCCGACGAUUGCCAUGCAAUUAUCCUUUGCAGCAUUCGGUGCAGUGAUUUUAUUUUACAUGUUGCCAAAAGUUGUUGAACGAGUUUGGAUUUCGGGAGCUUAUUCGAAUGACAAACAGGAUGGUGUUCAAUUUUCGAAACACGACGAUCGAGAUGCCUCCUGUCGAAAUGAGACACAAUGCAAUUUGGAAUUUAUUUCACAAUUAUUGGUGAUGGCCAUGAUGGUGUAUUUGGUGUAUGAAAAUUUUUUGAAUGCUGUGACUCCGACUUUGAUUCGAUUUACACUGGCAGGACAUUCCUUUCGAAAUUCGAGAACAAAUUCUGUGAAUACGAAUCAAUUUUUAAAUGCUCACUAUCCGAGAUAUUUGAUCAAAUUGUAUUUAUUUCCAUUUUCGAUAUUUUUAUGUAGUGUGGCAUGGACGAUGAAAAUUUGGAAUGAAGACUCGAUGAAUAAUACCACGGAUCCAAUGAUGGUGACAAGAAAUAAUGGGGUUCUCUAUCGAAUGACUUGUUUUAUCAUCUCUCUGACCAUUGCAUUUCUUGGAGUGAAUGAAUUCCGACAAACAUUUUUCAGCUUGCAAUACGAAUUGGAUUUAGUGUCACAAUAUAUUUAUGUGCGAGUUCAGAAAAAACAUCCACUUGUUUCAACAGAACAAGUAGUUGGAAUUAUAGAGAAUAGUAGUGGAGACGAGAGAGUUGUAAAUUGGAGCUUUUUACUUUCAUUUCUCAUUCCACUGUUGAUAAGUGUCUAUUUCAUAUUCUUCAGCUCUGAACACUCACAAAUAUAUUUGGGAAAUAUUUCUCUACUAUUUGGGUGUGUAACCUUAAUUUUAGAGAAUUUCAGAUGGCCAUUUCCAUUCCUGGAGCAUAAUUUAAAACUUGUGCUCACCAAUUUGGGUUAUGUUGCAUUUGUAUGGGGUCUGGAAAACAUGUUCCAAUAA